CUGCACUGCACCCCAGGGACUUCACAAUCACUGCCAGAGGGUAUGAGGACUUGGCUCCCACUGCCUUCCCGCACCCACAGUGCUAUGCCUGGACUGAACAGCUGGCCCCGGCACUGCAUUCCAGCACCCUGCCCGCAGGCAGUGUGGCAAGUCCCUUGGCACUCCAGCUGUGGCAAAGGUGUACCUUUGGGCAAGGGCACAGCCAGCCACUUGGGUCAGCUGAUAACGGACACCAGUCCUUUUGGUUCUCUUGCAUGUUGGUUGAUUCCCCAGAGGCUCCAAGCCCCCAGGGCUGGGGCAGGCCCUACUCACCUAGGGCUUUCCCAGCUCCCUUUUUUCAUUCAUUCCUUCCUUCUCUCCCCUCCAAGCUCCUGUCUUCCCCAGUGCUCCUCCAUCACCCCCCCCAGGUGUGUCUGCAGUGGGGGAUGGGAACCCCCCUACCAGAGGGAAUGAGGCCCAGGGGAGCAGACAGGGGUGGUGGUGGUGUCAGCUGUGGGAUUACAGCAUGACCUCAUUUCCCCCCCCUUGAAAAUCUUAAAGGGAGAGCACACUGCCCCGCCGCCAGGCAUUCUCCAGAUAUGUGUCAUCCCCCUGGGUAGCAGCCACCCACUGCACGGGCGGGCGGGCAGCUCUGCUCGGCCGGCAAGAGAGGCUUCGAGGCAGCUUUUUUUUCUGAAUGGAAAAGGAAUGAGUCAGGAUGUGUGUCAUCCUGUGAAAAACCCGCUCACACUUACAUAGCGGACACAGUCCCGGUAUAUAUAGACCAAUGGGUAGUGGUGUAACAUGCACACACACACACACACACACACACACACACACACACACACACGGGGCAGCCCGGACUUGUGCUCUGCGUCCUUCCUCCGCAGGGGGCGGGCUGGGGGGUGUAUGUGAGGUGUUUCUUUUGCUGGACUCAGAUUUGUUUUUAAACUUACCUCACAAGCCCCCCCCUCCCCCCCUGCCCCCCAAAAAAAUUAAAGGAAAAAAAAAAGACCCUGGAUUUCGGCAGCAGGUGUGAAGGUUUUUUGGGAGGGGGGAAAAGUUGUCCCCCACCACACACACACACACACACACACACACACACACACCUUGAGCUCCCCAAGCAGCCAAGUUACCAAAAAAGCCAUCAACCUAACCCAUUAACGGAGAAAGAGCAAAAUAGCCCCGGAGGAGAGACUCUCCCACCCAGGGAGGUACCUGCCCUCACCGCCAGCCUGCCCCAGCCACACUCAGCCAUGCACAGGCGGGUGUGCUGGCUGCUGAUGGUACUGCUGAGCCUGUGGGAGGGGCUAGGGGCUGCACCUGCCCCACGGGUGAAGCCCUCAGAUCCCAGGGCCGACUUUGACGCUGUCAUCAACCUAGCCAAGACCCUGCUGAGCGACACAAAGCACCUCUUCACCCACUUCAAAUCUCGGUUCCCAGCUGAGGGGGAGCAUAAGAUGGACACGCUACCUGUCCUGUCCAUGAACGCUGUGGAGCUGGCCAGCAUCCAGGUACCCGGUGGCCUAGUGCGGCUCAGCGCUGACCUGCAGAGCUAUCAGAAGCACCUGGAUUGGCUGCGCAAGGCAGGACCUGUACUGCGGCCCCUAGAGCCUGAGCUGGGUGCUGUGCACAACCGACUGGAGCGCCUGCUCAGGCGCCUGGAGCACCUGAUGUCCCGGCUGAGCUUGACACGCUCCAGCGACACACUGCCCUCACUGCCCUCCCAUGGCACGCACUGGUCCGUGGUGCAGGCUGGCCAUGCCAUCUUCCAUAGCUUCCACCUCUAUCUGGACUGGGCUGCCCGUGCCCUUGUUCUCAUCCGCAACAAGCUGUGA